AUGUGCAAGUUUUGGGUAAGUGGAGCAUGCAAGGUUCGACACGAAAGUACUCUCAAGAGGUUUUGGCUACAGCAGAACCAACCCGUUUCUAGUAAGCUGCAUAAGUCUAGACACUGUCUUGCGAGCGUCGACUAUACAGUCCGGUUCAACGGUGCUUUUUCAGGUUUAGCUUAUGGCUUUGACGAUCGUGACUUGGACGAUGAUGGCACUGACGCUGAUGGCUAUAAUGCUGAUGGCUACGAUGAUUAUAGCUACGAUGAUCAUAGCUACGAUGAUCAUAGCUACGACGAUCAUGGCUACGACGAUCAUAACUACGACCAUAGUAACUAUGAGUAUGAUGACCAUGACUAUGAUGGCACUGGAAACCAUGGCACUGACCAUAAUGACUUUGAUGAUGAACCCUGA